AUGAGAUAGAUUUUGUGUUUGUGUGUUGCUUUGCUCUCUUCUUCAACUAUAACAACAGUCGUUUUCAUUAAGCCCAAACCUUGUGGGUCCCACUCCUUUGCAUACGUCAUGCAUGCGAUGCGGGUGGCUCUGUCUUCCCAUUCCGUCGAGUAUUUAAAGACGGCCAGCCAUUGAGACAAUUACAAGCAACUUACAGCGCCAAAAGCACCCUUUAAGAGAUUCAAAAACACCAAAACGCAAGAAACAAAGAAUGAAGCACCCAACUCUCAUUCUUUCAACGUUCCUCCUUCUCCUCUCAAUCUCUCCUCCGGCCCACGCUGCCGGAGGCAAAUGGCAACUGUUGCAACAAAACAUCGGCAUCUCCGCCAUGCACAUGCAGCUCCUCCACAACGACCGUGUCGUCCUCUUCGACCGCACCGACUUCGGCAAGUCCAACUUGUCAUUGCCCGAUGGUAAAUGCGUCGGAAACGACUGCACAGCCCACUCCGCAGAGUACGACGUCACCACCAACACCUUUCGCCCCCUCACCGUGCUAAGCGACGUCUGGUGCUCCUCCGGCUCCGUUGCCCCCGACGGCCGCCUCAUCCAAACCGGCGGAUUCACCAACGGCGAGCGCCGCGUCAGGAUCUUCGAGCCCUGCACCGGUUGUGAUUGGAAGGAGAUCGAGAACGGCUUAGCCGCUCGCCGUUGGUACGCCACCGAUCAUAUUCUGCCUGAUGGACGCCAGAUCAUCAUCGGCGGAAGGCGGCAGUUCAACUACGAGUUUUAUCCCAAGAGCGCGUCUACAAACAAAGUCUUCAGUCUGCCGUUCCUCGUGCAGACCAAUGACCCAGACGCCGAAAACAAUCUCUACCCUUUUGUUUUCCUCAACGUGGAUGGCAACUUAUUCAUUUUCGCAAACAAUCGUGCUAUUUUGUUCGACUACGUCAAGAACAACGUCGUUAAAACUUACCCGCAAAUACCCGGAGGCGACCCGAGGUCAUACCCGAGCACGGGCUCAGCUGUGUUGCUGCCAUUAAAAAACUUAAAGGCUCGGUCUAUUGAGGCCGAGGUUUUGGUUUGUGGUGGAGCCCCCACAGGGUCUUAUAUCAAGGCAACAAAGGGUACUUUUACGGGAGCUCUAAAUACAUGCGCUCGGAUCAAAAUAACCGACCCGAACCCGCAGUGGGUCUUGGAGACCAUGCCUCAAGCUAGAGUCAUGGGUGACAUGACAUUGCUUCCGGACGGCACCGUUUUGCUCAUCAAUGGUGCGUCAAAUGGGGCAGCGGGUUGGGAACUCGGGCGGAACCCGGUGUUGAACCCCGUUGUUUACCGACCCGAUAAUGCAGCCGGGUCAAGAUUCGAGCAGCAGAACCCGACCACCAUCCCGCGUAUGUACCAUUCGACAGCGGUGUUGCUACGCGAUGGUAGAGUGCUGGUUGGAGGCAGUAACCCUCAUCCUAAUUACGAGUUCACUAACGUGCUUUUCCCAACGGAGUUAAGAGUAGAGGCGUUUAAUCCCGAUUAUCUGGACGCUAAGUACGGAAAUUUGCGUCCCAAAAUCGUCACACCGAAAUCACAAGCUAAGAUCAAUUACGGUAAAAAAUUAACCAUUCGGUUUUCCGUGACGGGAACGCUAGCAACGAAUUCGGUGUCAGUGACGAUGGUGGCGCCGUCUUUUACGACACAUUCGUUCUCGAUGAAUCACAGGUCUUUGGUUCUUGCUUCCGAGAACGUAAAGAGUGUUGGGAAGUCGGCGUAUGAAGUUGAGGUGACGACACCGGCUUCUGGAAAUCUUGCACCCUCAGGAUAUUAUCUUUUGUAUGUGGUUCAUCAGCAAAUUCCAAGUGACGGCAUCUGGGUCCAAAUUAUGUGAAUCGAAGUACAUUCGACCAAAAAAAGAUCGAAGUACAUAUACAUGAUGUAGGUAUAGUUGCUUCCUCCUCUUCUUUUAAGUUUUAAUCACAAGCCUCUCAAUUAAUUAUUAUCUGUUAUAAAAUUAAAAAUUUUGACGAACAGAUAUCACUAAGGAUUUCUGUGUCAAUAUUAUUUGAUCGAUUACAUUUUCCAUGUUGUUUUUUUGUUUUUUGUUUUACCGAAGAUUGCAAGUUGUAUUAUAAACUGAUUGAUCGUGAAUAAAGUCGGAGGAUAAGUUGUCUUCAUUGAA